CUGAACUGUCAACAAACAAAAGUUUUCUGCAGAUCCUUAUAUCCUGCUCCUGCAUGAACCUUGGAUUGGGCUGACCAAAUUAUCCUGAAUGUAUCCCAGUCAAGUGCUCCUAACCACAAAUUACCAUAUAAAGAUUUCAGUGCAGGGACACCGAAGGAAUGGCCGAUCCUGGUGAUGUGCCAGCAACAAAUACCACGUGCCCGUUACUGCCGCAAAUCAAGGAGGCCAUCCGGGUUGCGAAACGGCUUCACCGGCGGCCAUCGCUGGACUGCCUGUGGUUGAUGCUGCGCCAUCACGUUGACCACAUCCAGACUGUUCGGUCCCAGCUGGAGACGGCAGUGCACCACGGACUGCUUCGCGUCGUUCACAUGAAGGGAGUGCCGUGCUACAGCGAUCCCGAUAGCCUCAAGAGUCGCCGCACCUUCACCGUCAGUAAUGUCAAGAAUUUCCGGCGUGCGGUGUCGACAGGAGUGAAGGAGAUGGGCGAUCCGGAGGGCGCUACCGCGGACUCUAUCAUCCAGUAUAUCGUGACUACUUUUGAGGUCGAGCUGGCCACAUUUCCAGAAAUGCUGCAACCUAUCCUGGCCGAGCUCACUCGGGAGGGCCUGCUUACGGAGCUGACGCCGGGUCGGUACCAGUAUUCCGACCUGAAGAAGAGUAGUUACGGGGUUCUUCGACGCAAGAACGUGAAAACGGUCAACGAUCCACACGCAAUUGGAUCUCCGAAGUGUGUCACAGCAGUCCACCCGCCGUCAGACGACAGCAGCAUAAUAAAGCGCUUCAAACGACAACGUCAACGUCCGGCUUUCUUGCGAUUAGGUGAAACCAGUAGUUCUGAGCCGGAAACCAGGGAAGCGUGCCCCGCGGGCCAGCAAAAACGCGGUCACCCCUGGAAACAUAAUAAAUCGUCGACGGUGUUAGCUGCUGCAACUAGCAACGUCCAAUCGCCGAAGAACACAGUAACGACACGCCGGAUUUUUAAGCGAAUCCAGAAAAACUACGAGUGUUCGCCCUGCGGUUUCACCACACGCGGAAAGACACUUUUGCUGAAGCACGUCCAGAACCCCGCCCACGCGAAGAAAGUCCAAGGAAAAAUGGUACAGUGCGAUGUGUGUUGCUUUCGCUCGCGGAAUGCGGAGAAGAUGACGGAGCAUCUGCAGCGUCAUGGCUGUCAUGAGGACAAAUCCAUCCCUUCCUGUCUCCGGUCAUCGGCCGUUUUGGAGGUGGAUCCGUCGAUUUAA